CUCCCAGCCCAGUCGGCUGGCCUCCGAGGCGGCGGCGGGGCCGGAGAGGCGCGGGGCGGCGCGGCGGAGGGGACAAGACCGGGGCAGGAGAGGAAGAGCGGAGCGGAGAGGCCGGAGGGGAGAACCGCGCACGCCCAGCAAGAUGCUGUCCUGGCGGCUGCACACAGGCGCCGAGAAAGCCGAGCUGCAGGAGCUCAACGCCCGGCUCUAUGACUACGUGUGCCGGGUGCGGGAGCUAGAGCGCGAGAACCAGCUCCUGGAGGAGGAGCUGUGCCGCCGCUGCGCGCAGGAGGACCUGUGGGUCCAGGGGCAGGCUCGCUACGCCGAGGAGGCGCGAGGCCUGCGGCAGCAGCUGGAGGAGCUGAGCUGGACCACCGAGCGGGCCGAGAGCGAGUGCGAAGUGCUACGGCGCGAGCUGCGAGAGCUGCAGCAACUGGGGGCCGAGGCGCGCGCCGCCCGCGGCCGCCUGGACGCCGAGCUGGGCGCACGGCAGCGCGAGCUUCAGGAGGCGCUGAGCGCGCAGGCCGCCCUCGAGGCGCUUCUGGGCCGUUUGCAGGCCGAGCGCCAGGGCCUGGACGCGGCCCACGAGCGCGACGUGCGGGAGCUGCGCUCGCGUGCCGCCAGCCUGACCAUGCACUACCGCGCCCGCCUCUCCGGCCCCGCCGCGCCCCCGCCGGGCCUGCGACAGGUGCAUGACAGCUUAGCGCUGCUGGCCGCCGAGUCGUGGCAGGAGACGGUGCAGCUGUACGAGGACGAGGUGCACGAGCUGGAGGAGGCACUGCGGCGUGGCCAGGAGAGCCGGCGCGAGGCCGAGGAGGAGGCGCGGCUGUGUGCGCACGAAGCGGAGGCUCUGGGGCGCCAGGUGCUGGAGCUGGAGCAGUUGCGCGCGCGGCUGGAGGACGAGCUGCUGCGGAGGCAGGAGGAGUACGGGCUGCAGGCCGAGGAGCACCAGAGAGUGAUCGACUGCCUGGAGGAUGAGAAGGCGGCCCUCACCUUGGCCAUGGCUGACCGGCUUCGGGACUAUCAGGACCUUGUGCAGGUCAAGACUGGCCUUAGCCUUGAGGUGGCGACUUACAGGGCCUUGUUGGAGGGCGAAAGCAACCCGGAGAUCCUGAUCUGGACCAAGCACAUUGAAAGCGCCCUGCCAGAGCUCAAGAGCACGACCUACCGCUACACUGACUCGCUGGUGCAGAGGGAGAAUGAACGCAACCUGUUUGCCAGGCAGAAGGUGGCCCUGGACUCUCACCUGCCUGGGCACCUGCGGCCAAAGACCACCUCGCUUAGCACAGGCACUGCGGGCAGAGGCCCUGUGGGCUCCGGGUACUCGUCCGUGGCCACCACCCAACGGGAGUACUCUUAUGGGAAGACUGUUGAGGGUCAGAACGGCUUCGGGCUGUUCAGAGGCACCAGUGCCCGGGUGAAAACCCUCCCCGACAGACCGAAACCUGAAGGGGCCAGCGAUGCUCCCACUUACCUGGCCAAGGGGUCCACCAGCAUCCUGGAGUCACACUGGGAACGCCGGGACAAUGUGGUGGCACGUGGCUCUGAUGGCGCCGGGCCAAAGGACAGGGCCAUCCUUGUGGGAAAGAAGACAGAAACAAAGGCCACAGGGGAACAGGAGAGGAGCAGACUGGGAGCCAUCCGACCACAGCCAGUGGAGAAGAUGUUUGAUUCUAAGGAGAAGGCCUCAGAGGAGAGGAACUUGAGGUGGGAAGAGCUGACCAAGCUUGACAAGGAAGCAAGGGAGAGAGAAAGCCAGCAGAUGACAGAAAAAGCUGGAGCAAGGGAGUCCUCCAAGGGAAGCAGCAUGCGUGCCCGAGAGGUUUCCAUUAGUCUACAGGAAUCGCGGGCCGUGAGGCCAGAGGCGUCCCCCAAGGGUUUGCCAGGCACGAAGGAAGCAGGGGGCAGUGCCAGUGGGGAGGUGGGCACGAGACAGCCAGGGUUGCGGCUGGGCCCUGGAGAUGCCCGCAGCUCUCCGCACAGUGGGUCCUCCACAGAGACGGUGGCUCAGAACAUUGUCACCAGCAUCCUCAAGCAGUUCACCCAGGCUCCCGACGCCGAGUCAUCCACCCAGGUGCUGCCUGACACGAAGGUCACCUACUUGGACAGGAAAGAGCUGCCCGGGGCUGGGAGGACAAAGACAGAGAUCGUGGUGGAAUCAAGGCUCACACAGGCUGUGGACGUUUCGGAUGAGGCCGGUUUGGAGACCCUCUUGGGCCAGGGCACGGGGGAUGACGUGAGCCUGCAGGGCAAGUCAGCAGAGCGGCUGAUUGGUGACAUCAUCGACCUGGAACUGAAGGGCAGGGGCGGGAGGGCCAAGGUGCUCAACGUGGAGAUCGUGGAGGAGCCCGUGGGCUACAUGGGGGAGAGGAAAGUGGGAGAGCCGCCCACACCCUUUCGGGUGGAGGAGGUGGAUGAUGUGGUUCCAGGUCCCCAGGUGCUUGUGGAGGAAGAAGAGGGGGAUGCCGAUGGUGAUGUCAUGUUCUCAACCCACGGGCGUCAGAACAGAACCCGAGUGGAAGAGGUGACAGAGUCAGGUGACUCGGAAGGGGAGCAGAGCUAUUUUGUAUCCACCCCGGACGAGCAGCCUGGGGCUCAGGACGAAGACGAAGGCUCGGUGUACGGGCAGAUCCACAUCGAGGAGCAGUCCAGCAUCCGGUACUCAUGGCAGGAUGAGAUCGCACAGGGCACACGCAGGAGGAGACAGAGGGACGAGGCCGGCAGCGAGAAGGUUGUGCAGGCUCUGGAUGUCCCUGUGGCUACCUCGGAGGGGGACGUGGCAUCCGUUCACUGGAGGGAGCAGGCCAGUGGUGAGUUGCGUGUGGAGCCCACGGUCAUUGAGAAGGAGAUCAGGAUCCCACAGGAGUUCCGUGCCUCCAUCCAGGGCGUCGUCUCCAAGAAGCCCCGUGACCAGAUGGCUGAGGUGAUCGGGCAGCUGGAGGAGACCCUCCCAGCACGCAUGAGGGAGGAGCUGUCGGCCCUGACCCGGGAGGGCCCAGGAGAACCAGGCGGUGUCUCAGUGGAUGUCACGAAGCUGCGGGCCUCCAAUGGUGGCUCCGUGACCUUGCUCGCCAAGGUCAACCUCUCCCAGACCGUGGAUGCCGAUCAGCUGGACCUGGAGGAGCUGAGCAGAGAUGAUGCUGGGGAGAUUGAGAAGGCCGUGGAGUCAGUGGUGCAGCAGAGCUUGGCCGGGCACCGUGGCCGUGCCCCAGGCAGCCCAGAGGCAGAUGAUGGUACCGAGGCCCCUGCUGCCAGUUUCCGCUUCAAGCGCUGGGCCACUAGGGAACUAUACAGCGCUUCUGAGGAUGGGGCAGAUGCUGGGCCAGGGAUGCCGGCUUCCCCAGGCCCUGUGUCGGCCACUGUGGAGGUCAGCGGCCCCACAGGCCUGGCCCAGUCGCCCGUGUUGGAGGACGUGAACCUGUCCAUGCGGCGCGUGCAGCUGGGCCCUGGCGGCAUCUGGAGGACUGAGAGUGCAUCAGGUGCGGGAGCUGCUGCUGGAGCCGGGGAGGUAAGUGUGGAGGGUGGCCUGGGCCCGAGUCAGGCAGGACCCAGCCGCUCCGUGAGGCAUGUCACCUUGGGUUCCCAGCAAAGCCAAGUGUUCCAAGAAGUCGUCUUCCGCAGUCCCAGCCCUACCUGGCAGCAGGCUGUGGGCACAGAAGAGCCAGGCCCGGCAGAGCUGCCCGGAGAUAUGGAUGGACUGAACCAGCAGUUCCGUGCCGAGAAGGAAGUGACGGUGCAGGGGCCCGGGGCCAGGGCUGGGGCAGGCGAGGAGGGUAUCCAGACUUCUGUAAGGCACCUGCAGUUGGCCCCUAAGGAAGGGCCCCUUGGGCCCAUCGAGUUCACUGUGCCUUUCUCAGAGCACAGUGGGCUGAGCCUGCAGGGAGACUCCGAGCACCCUCAGGAGGAGGGCUUGGGGGUCAGCACAGCCAUGAGGCACAUCCGCCUUGGGCCCCAGACCAGAGAGCAGGUGGUCUUCCAGGGGCUGGGGCCUGGGUCAGAGGAGCUGAGUGAUUCAGAGAGCGUGGUCCACAGUGAGGCCAGAACGGUCCGUGUGACCGAGAAGAGCAUCUUCCACAGCAUGGUGGAUGGGGAGGGGGACACGGCAGGGGUGGGAGAGACCGCCAGCCUCAGCCGCUCCUUUAGGCACAUUCAGCUGGGUCCCACGGAGGCUCAAGGCCUGGGACACCUUGUUGUCCAUGCCCCUGUGACCAAAACGUUUGCCCUAGUAGGCUCAGCUGGUGCCCCCGAGCUGGGCCAGGCAGCAGACGGCAGGCCCGUGGCACAGGGGCCUACGGAGACUUCCUUUACCUUUCAGAUGGCUGUGAGUGAUGUAGAGGCGGGCACAGAGGCCCAAGGCGCCUGGACAGACGCUGGCGGCGAGAAGGGCGAGGAGCGGGCCGGGUUGGAUAGGACGGUGCAGCUGCAGAGGAUGGUGGACCAGAGGUCGGUGGUCUCAGACGAAAAGAAAGUCGCCCUCCUCUAUCUAGACAACGAGGAGGAGGACAGCGACGGACACUGGUUUUGAGGAGCAGAGGUAUUUUGCGUGGGUGGCAGCUUGGCCAAGGCAGCGCGUACAGGCUGCUGCUCGCCCAGGCAGCAUGGGGUCCUUGCGUGGAGGAACAUUGCACACAGUGGCAGUUCUCUGCAGGGG